AUGGGGAUCGGAACGGAGGAAGGUGGGAGCUUGGGGGAGUGUUGCGCGCGGCCGGUGCCCAACCGGCAGGGUGAUGGCGGCGGUGAGGAGAUCGUGGGGAGAGGAGCCGGGGUGGGGUGGACCAAGGAAUUAGUUUGGAAACAAUUCACCGCCAUUGCUCCAACACUGUCGAAGGAACUGCGAUUUACACACCCGAAAUGCUACUUCAUCAACACGGGGAAGCUGGUGCCCCUGUCGGAGCAGCAGCUGGUGGACUGUGACAAGUACGACAAUAGCUGCAACCGAGGCUACUACCACAUGGCCUUCCAGUGGAUCAUGGAGGACGGCGGCCUCACCACGGCGGUGCAGUACCUGUACAAAGCCGUGAGAGGGGCCUGCACCCGCGGCAAGCCCACCAUCACCAUCACCGGGCACGCGGCAGUCCCCAAGAACGAACCGGCCCUGCAGAGCGCCAUCGCAAGGCAACCCAUCGGGGUGGCCAUCGAGGUCCCCAGCAGCAUGCAGUCCUGCAAGAGCGGUGUCUUCUCGCCCCCCUGUGGGAUCCAGAUGAGCCACGCCGUGGUGACCGUCAGCUAUGGCACCGACGCCUCCUCUAGGCUCAAGUACUGGCUCGUCAAGAACUCGUGGGGCGAGGCCGGCUACAUCCGUAUGCGCCGUGACGUCGGAGGCUCUGGGCUCUGCAGCAUCACGCUCGACACCGCUUAUCUGACCAUGUGA